UUAAUAAACUCAUUUUCGGAAGGUUCAUGAUCAUCAUCAUCCCAGUGAAAUGCUGAUGUUGGUGGUUAAUUAAUCUUUUGGUUCUUCGGAAAAUCCUUUCUCCUUUUCCAUUCACAGAAGACGAUGGCCGAGACACUUGCCCAAAGCUCACAGCUUUGCUGUUGCAGUCGUAUGGACAUUCAUAUCAAGCAGAGGAAGUCUCUGUGUAGGAUUUUCUUGUUCUGAUCCUUUUUAUGCAUGUAUCUGGUUGAAGAACUCUGGUCACGGGGUCUCCGUUCUGAGUCAUUGAGAGAAGAUAAGGAGGUGAAAAAGGUGCUCUUUUUGAGGCACUCUAUGUUCAUUGAAGCUGUAGAAGUGGAAGAUAAUAAUAGUUUUUGACUUAGAUGGGGAAAGAUGCUGCUAAAGCGCAAGUUCUGCCAAAUUCUUGUUGUGUAAAGGCGCACACUUCAAUAUGUCAUGAGCUUAUGAAGGUAUUGGAUAGAAUUUAUUGUAUUCUUCCUGAAAUAGAAUUAGCUCGGCCUGGAUGCCGAUCGGGGAUACAAGAGUUGUGUUCCCUAAACAAUGCGGUCGAGAAAGCUAUGCUACUUCUUCGGCACUGCACAGAAUCUAGCAAGUUAUACUUGGCUAUAACUGGGGAGACUAUUUUGCUAAGAUGUGAAAGGAUAAGGAAUUCAAUGAAUCACAGUUUAACUCAAAUUCAGAAUAUGGUUCCCGAGCGAUUAGCUGCUCAGAUGGGUGAAAUUCUCAACUAUCUCAGAGGGGUGAAGUUUUCUAUUGAUUCAACAGAGGAGGCGGCAGCGAAGAUUAUCCUAGAAUUGCUUCAACAGACUGAAACAAGUGCUGAAUCUGAAUUAGAAGCAUUCCAAGUUGCUGCUUUCAAGUUAGACAUUAUAUCUUCUAAAGCUCUUUUGUUGGAGAGAAGAUCAAUUAUGAAACUCUUGGAGAAAUUCCGAGGCACUGAUCCUAAAAAGGAGGGGAUUCUCAAGUUCCUCCUCUAUCUUUUGAAGAAGCAUGGAAAGAAGGCCAUCUCUAAUUUCACCAAGGGUAAAAUUUUGAAUUCUAAAUGCACUUUUAGUGGCUCACUUAUUUCUGACGCCAAGCCUCACAAUCGAUCAUCAUGUUUCAACACAACUCCUGAGGAGUUCCUUUGCCCAAUCUCAUUAAAAAUAAUGUUUGAUCCCGUGACCAUCGCAUCUGGGAAAACAUAUGAAAGAUUAUGGAUUGAAAAGUGGUUUAAUGAGGGAAAUGAUACAUGCCCGAAGACUAGGAAGAAGUUACCUGACCUUUCUAUGGUUCCAAAUGCCAAAAUCAAGGAAUGUAUUGCUGAUUGGUGCAGAAAGCUUGGCAUCUAUGUUCAGGACCCUGGUUAUCAAGCUAAUCCUACAAAAUUCCUCACUUUUGAUUCAUCGCAUUUUGACUCCAUAUCUAGUUUGAUGAAUGUCCCCACACUAUUGUUAGAAGGGACAAUGGGCAAUUACAUACUUCAAAGUGAUCAAAGCAAUGCUUCAUUUAUAUCUUCUCAAAUUGACUGUUGCACGGAUUCAUCCCAUGUUAAAGACAUUGGUAUCUCAAAUGGUAACCUUUUUUACAAACUUCUCUUGGUUGGUAACUAUCAAAUAUCCCAAUGUUCUAUGAACUUUGACCGAGAUGCAUAUCUAAAGUUCUUCAAUAGUCUCACUGAACUUCCAAUUGAGCUCCAACGGAAAGCAGUGGAAGAUGUGAAACUUCUUUUGAAUGUUGAAAAAGAAACGCAGCAUGCUAUGCUAUCUAAUGGAUUUGCAGAAGCACUUAUGUUUUUUAUUAAGAACGCAAAUGGUCUGUCAAAUGUGCUAGCACAAAAAGCAGGAGCUCAAAUUCUUCUUGCUCUUCUCGAUAAAUGGAGGUAUGAAGUCCCAUCUUUAUGUGAAGAUGCAUUUCAGCUGUCGAUGAUGUUCCUUAAUUCUGAGUUAAUAAUGGAAUCUCUCAUGAUCAUGAGAAUUCUGACAUCAUGUGAUCCAAACUACUUAUUCAACAUCGUGGCAUCGGGUGCUGUUCCAUUGCUUACAAGACUUCUGGAUUCUGAAGACACAGGUAUUCUUGAACUGGCACUGAUGAUCAUAACUGAUAUAUCAGCUCAGAGUGAACUCAGAUCUCAAAUCCUAUCCCCUGAAUGUAUAUCAAAGCUAGUUCCUCAAACAAGUUGUAGAAAAUUAGCAGAAAAAUGCAUGAGAAUUUUGCGGAACUUAAGCGCAACUGAAGAAGGGGUGUUGAUGAUUGCCGAAACAAAUGGAUGCAUUGCAUCUAUUGCCGAGCUACUAGAUAAUGGCAAUCGCAAUGAGCAGGAACAUGCAGUGGUUAUCCUUCAUUCUUUAUGCUUGCAUAGCUCUGACCAUCUCUUGCAGGUCAAGUGUGAAGAUGUUAUUCCAUCUUUAUUUGUUAUUUCUCAAAAUGGUACCACGAAAGCGAGGGAGUGCUCUGUGGCGUUGCUAGUUGUUCUAAGAGAUCUUAGCAACAGUAAGUGUACUGAUGGUAUGAAUUCACAGUCCACCUCAAUUUCUAAAGGCACCGAGAGUGUCGCAAAUCAUCACUCUGCAAAAGGCCGAGCACCUUCAUCAAAACAUGCUUCUGGUUCUUUCACGCGAAGAAUUAGAUUUUUCUUGAAGAAGAUAAAUUUAUGCUUUCGGUGAUCGGACGUGGUUUCUGAUAUCACAAUGGAAUUUUAUCUUCAAUAGUAAUCUCCUCUGAUAAACUCAUUCAACUUCUUGACCUCGUCACGCUGCUGCCCGACCACUGCUCUCACAACAUCGACGAUGGAAAUCAUGCCCACCACCUUGUGAUUGAUCACUGGAACAUGCCUGAUGCGUUUAUCUGCAGUUAGACAACGGUAAAUCAAAUCUGCUAUUUAGAACUGAAAGCAAGCUAUUAUGCUUUGAUUUUACCUGUCAUUAGCUGCAUUGCCUGGAGAAUAUUUGUGUCCGUUGACACUGAAACCAGCUGGCUCUGUAAAAAAUUAUGCAUCAAUGAAGAACAAAUGAAAAUCUAAACAAAAGUGAUGUUUAAUGAA